AUGCUGGGAGCUGGGCUGGGGCUGUGGGUCUGUGUCCUGGGCAGUGUGUGCAGCUGGCAUGGGGUCCGCGCCUACCCCGACACCUCCCCACUGCUCAGCUCCAGCUGGACUGGCCUGACCCACCUGUACACGGCCACCGCCAGGAACAGCUACCACCUGCAGAUCCACAAGGACGGCCACGUGGAUGGCACACCCCAGCAGACCAUCUAUAGUGCCCUGAUGAUCAGAUCAGAGGAUGCUGGCUUCGUGGUCAUAACAGGUGUCAUGAGCAGGAGAUACCUCUGUAUGGAUUUCAGAGGCAACAUCUUCGGAUCGCAUUACUUCGAGCCACAGAACUGCAGGUUCCAGCAGAGAACGCUGGAGACCGGCUAUGACAUCUACCACUCUCCGGAGCACGACUUCCUGGUCAGCCUAGGCCGGGCCAAGAGGCCCUUCCUGCCCGGCAUGAAUCCGCCACCCUACUCCCAGUUCCUGUCUCGGAGGAACGAGAUUCCGCUGAUCCUCUUCAACACGCCCAGGCCUCGGAGGCACACCCGCAGUGCGGAGGAGGACUGGGAGCAGGACCCGCUGAACGUGCUCAAGUCCAGGCCCCGCAUGACCCCAGCCCCAGCCUCCUGCUCGCAGGAGGCACCCAGCGCCGAAGACGACAGCCUGCUGGCCAGCGACCCCAUGGGAGUGCUCAGAGGCCAGAGGGUGAAUGUGCACGGGGGUGGGAUGGGCAGGAACAGGUGCCGCCCCUUCCCCAGGUUCAUCUAG